AUGUAAACAAAACUUGAUUGUUCAACAUCCAAUUGUAGUUUCAUCAUAUUGUGUUGGUGAUCGGUUUUGCAAACGUGUUUCGUGUAUUUUUAAAAUAUAAAAACCAGCGUAAUGUUGAUUCGUAACGUUGAGCUUGAGAAGCAAGCAUGUAUGCUGGUCAACUGGUACGAGCUUUUCAGUAAGAACACUAUAAAAACAUGCAUCGUUCCGGUACCGGCUGAUGUGCUGACCUAUUUGCGGCGGGAUAUGCUCAUACUGCCAAAGGAGUGUUCUAACUUUACCGAAAUUAGCACGGGCGAAGGGUUCCAGACGACACAUUUCAACGCAUUCGACGAUCAGUUCAGCGACAGCGAUUCCGGGGGCGACGGAACAGGGGACGGUAACGACGAUGAAGAACAGCCCGCAUUCCCGGUCUUCUCGCAAGCCCUUACCGAAGCCAUCCAAAGCCUUGGAGGGAAUGCAUUUUUAAAAAGCGAUUGGCACUGCCCAAAAGAUGCCCAGUGGAUAACGCUGGGGCAGACGCUGUGUGUCCGUGAUAUCACGGACGUUUAUCAGCUGCUCAAAGCGUCCAGCUUUUGCAAGGAAGACUUCAAGGAACGGCCCAGUGUCAACGACAGUGGUUUCCAUGUGGUGCUGAAAAAGUGGAAGGACAUCCAUCCGGGAUCGGAGUUUCGGUGUUUCGUGCGCAACCGAUCCCUGUUGGCAAUUUCACCACGGCACUGGCCAUCGUACCACGAGCACAUUGCCCGCGAAAGGAGCGACAUCGUGAAUGACAUCGUUUCGCUGUUCAAGGAGAAGAUCAAGGAUGCAUUCCCAUUGCGUGAUUAUGUUUUCGAUGUCUAUCGUCCGGCGAAGGAUAAUGUUAUCAUCAUGGAUUUCUCACUCUACGGCAAAGGGCAUUCCGAUAGCCUGGCGUUCGACUACGACCAGCUCGACGAGGAUGCAUCGGUGGCAACCAUUGAAGAGGAGGAUGAUCCAGAAUUUCGUUACCUGCCGAAUGAUUGUGGCAUUCAACCGAUCAAGCGCAACGUUUACGGGUUUCCGCAAGACUUCCGGAACUUUUUCCAAAAUACUGCACCGACUGAUGGAGGCCCAUCCAGUGCGGAAGGGGAAAGUAAUAAUUUGGUCAAUCGGUUGAUAGAGCAAUGUAAUCUCCAGCAGGCUCGUGAUAACAGUGCCGCAGACGAGGAGUAAAUGCAGAUCUGCGAGUCGUGUCAGAGGGACGGUAAAUGAGCAAUAUACAGAAUAUAAACCAUUUCGGAAUGGCAACAUACCCUCUGAAUGUAGUUUGUGCGAGUCUUAUGGAAUUAAUUUUCAAAUAUAUGUACAAUUUAUUUCC